AAGAAUGUUUCGUCAAAUUUAAUAUAAUAAUAGAACGAAAUCAAAAAUAUUGUUUAGUAGUUUUUAAUUAUUCGUAAUAUUGAACAUGGCUGAUCUCAAAUAUUUAAGCGGAUUUGGCUCAGAGUUCUCCUCAGAGGAUCCCCGUUGUCCAGAAUCUCUACCAAAAGACCAAAAUAGUCCUCAACAAUGCCCGUACGGAUUGUAUGCAGAACAGUUAUCAGGUAGUGCUUUUACGGCACCUAGAUCAGAAAAUAAAAGAACUUGGUUGUACAGAAUUCGACCAUCAGUAGUUCACAAACCGUUUACUGCUUUAAAAAAUGACACCGUGACUCAUAAUUGGGACGAAGAAGAACCUAAUCCAAACCAGUUACAUUGGCAUCCGUUUGAUCUACCCCUCGGCAACAAAAAAGUGGAUUUUAUAGACGGAAUCCAUACUAUUUGCGGAGCUGGUGAUCCCAAAUUUAAAACUGGCAUAGCAGUUCAUGUAUUUUUAUGUAAUUCUUCAAUGGACAAUAGAGCGUUUUAUAAUAGCGAUGGAGAUUUUCUUAUAGUUCCCCAAACUGGACAAUUAUUAAUAAAAACAGAAUUCGGAAAAAUCGAAGUAAAACUGAACGAAAUAGCAGUGAUUCAGCAAGGCAUGCGUUUCCAGGUCAAAGUCACAUCGCCAUCUCGUGGAUACAUUCUGGAAGUAUUUGGUCGUCAUUUCGAAUUACCCGAUUUAGGUCCUAUUGGUGCUAACGGUCUAGCCAAUCCUAGAGAUUUUCUGACGCCCGUUGCAUAUUACGAUGAUGUAGAUGAGGUUUUUCAGAUUGUAUCAAAGUACCAAGGGAAAUUAUUUACUUGUGAACAGGAUCAUAGUCCUUUUGAUGUUGUAGCUUGGCAUGGAAACUAUGUACCAUAUAAGUAUGACCUAAGCAAGUUUAUGGUCAUCAAUUCUGUUUCUUUUGAUCACUGUGAUCCCUCAAUUUUUACGGUACUUACAUGCCAAUCGGACAAAAAAGGAACAGCUAUAGCAGACUUCGUUAUAUUCCCUCCGAGAUGGUCAGUUCAAGAACACACAUUUAGACCACCUUACUAUCAUCGAAACUGCAUGUCCGAAUUUAUGGGCCUAAUUUUGGGAGAAUACGAAGCUAAAAUAGGAGGAUUGUCUCCUGGAGGAGCAACGUUACAUAGCAUUAUGACUCCUCAUGGCCCUGAUGCGAACUGCUUCGAAGCUGCGUCAAAUGAAUCGUUAAAACCGACAAGAAUUGCUGAUAAAACACAGGCAUUUAUGUUCGAAAGUUGUUUAGGAUUGGCUUUGACUAAAUGGGGAGCAAAAACGUGCGAAAAAAUAAACCCAGAUUACCACAAAUGUUGGCAGAAUCUCAAGAAGCAAUUUACUGGUCCUAAAAAAUUGUGAUGUCUAUAAUCAUAAAAUUUUAAUGUAAUGUCUUUUUAUUAUAUUUGUAUUCCUGAGAAUAUGUUUUUUUAUCGUAAAGCUGUGGCUGCUAUUCCGUGCCAACGGAACUGUAACGUCCCAUUUUAAACUAGUUAUCUUAGAAAUCCGUUUGAAAAGGAUAUCACUCACAGUAUGAAUUAAUUGUUGUUUGUUAGCAUUGUUAUAAAAAUAAACAAAUUAUAUAUUUUUUAAAUUUAUUUAUUAAUAAAAAUAUUUUUAAAAUAUAAAUAUUAAAUAUCAGACGUAUUUGUUGGAAAUGUAGAAAACGUAUCUCAAUGUUGUCAAUUUUUAGGAAACAACUGAAGCUCCCGGACUGGGUUUACAUAGGUAGAAUGUUGGGGUACCCUUGUACUUGUUCUUAAUGUUUUGAAUUACCUUUUCAGCGGACUUGGAAUAAAC